AUGGAUGCUGGACUCGGUCAAUGGGCAAACUACACAGAUAACUCAGAGAGGAUUUCAUUAUUGACAUCUCAUGCGAUGCCAAGCAGCUCAUUUGAAUGGCCUUUUUACCAAAGAAGUAAGCUAAAGGUCUAUGAAAACAGAGAGCGGCUUAAGCCAAUUAUUAAAACGAUUAAAUUUUGUGGACGCUUAGGUUUACCUUUGCGAGGACACAGGGAUGAUGGUUAUCUUGAUCCAACUCAAACAGAUGAAGCACUAACUGGCCAACAAGAACUAAUCUUAAAGCAGAUUGUGAGUGAGGUUAAACUAUCUCAGUUUUUCUCUGUAUUGGAUGAUGAGACCACCAUAGUUGUCACAACGAGCAAUUGUGCAUUUGCAUUCAAUAUGUUAGCUAAGAUGGCAUCGUUAAAGAGGAAAUUUGUUGGGUUUGGGAAAAUUGAAGAUUUUGCAGCCAAACGCAUUUUUGAAGAAAUGGUUCAGAGACUCACAACUUUGGUACUAGACAUUAGUUGUUGUGUUAGUCAGGGUUAUGAUGGAGCAUCAACAAUGUCUGGUCAUGUUAGCGGUGUUCAAGCAUUAUUCAAAAAUAUCUGCCCAACUGCCAUCUACGUUCAUUGUUCUAGUAAUUUUCUACAUCUCGUGCUGAAUUAUUAUUCUGCUGUUGUUUGUAUAAGGAAUAUGUUUGAUGAAGUCUCAGAAGUAAUCAAUUUCAUUAAAGAGUCUCACAAGCGACGAGCAAUAUUUUCCUGUACAUUAAUAGACUAUUGUCAUUCAACAGAUUUAUUCAACGUCACGAUUCUCUUUCGAGAUUUGUUGACCAGUGACAUUAUUGCUGGCUUUAAGAAAAAUCCAUGA